AUGUCCACUAGGGCCAAGGGAUGGUGCCCAGCCCUGGGUGCCUCUCAACUCUGCCAGCUGACUGCAGAUUGGGAAGACACCCAGGGGUCCCAGGCCAAGGUGGAGGGCAAGCUGUAUGCAGAAGGCUACAAGAAAGAGCUCAACCCCCAGGACCACUUAAUGACUUCCUACGCCUUUCACUCAGGCACUGUGGCCAAAUACGCAAUCCUGAAGUUUAACCUGGAAAACCUCUUCCAAACCUUCUCUUCGGAAGAAGCAGGGGGUGACAUCCUGAUUGACACUGGCACAAGCCCCACCAUCUAACAAAUGCUCUUGGCUGGUGAGGCCUUCCGGGAGAUCAUCACCAUGGACUAUGCUGAGCAGAACCAACAGGAGCUGGAGAAGUGGCAGGAAGGACCUGGGGCCUAUGACCAGUCCCCAGCCAUGCAAUGCGUGUGUGAGCUGGAGGGAGACAGGAGGAGGUGGAGGCAUGAGGAGGUCCAGCUCCGAAGCACAGUCACAUCAUUGCUGAACUGUGACCUGACCAAACUGCACCCCCUGGUGGCCCAGGUGCCCCCAGCCUAGUGCAUGCUGUCGUUUCUGGCCUUGGAGAAUGCCUGUGCCAACUUGGACAGGUGCCAGGCCGCUGGGCACCUGGUCACCAUGGCCACCCUGAGCUCCCAGCACUACAUGGUAGGCUCCGAGAAGUUCUUCGGGCUCCACCUGGAGAAGGAAAUGGUGGAGAAAGCCGUGUAGGAGGCCGGUUGCCUGGUGCUGAGGUGUGACCACUGCCCCGUCAGCUACUCCAAGGCCUGCUCCAUCAAUGAGGGCAUCUGCUUUGUGGUGGCCCAUAAGGGCCCUGGCAUCUGA